AGAUUUUAAAUAUGGAAGAUGACAUGAACUGGUAUAGGGCUGAAUUGGAUGGGAGAGAGGGCCUCAUUCCUAGCAACUAUAUUGAAAUGAAACCCCAUGAAUGGUACUAUGGACGAAUCACUAGGGCGGAUGCUGAAAAAUUACUCUUAAAUAAACAUGAAGGGGCCUUUUUAAUAAGAAUUAGUGAAUCGAGUCCUGGAGACUUUUCUUUAUCAGUAAAAUGUUCAGAUGGUGUUCAACAUUUCAAAGUACUCCGUGAUGCUACUGGCAAAUUCUUCCUAUGGGUAGUGAAAUUCAAUUCUCUCAAUGAAUUAGUGGAAUAUCAUAGAACCUCUUCAGUGUCCCGUUCACAGGAUGUUAAAUUAAGAGAUAUGGUGGCUGAGGAGUAUUUGGUACAAGCCUUGUACGACUUCACACCCCAGGAAGUAGGCGAACUGGAGUUCAGAAGAGGCGACGUCAUCACCGUCACCGAUCGCUCAGACCAGCACUGGUGGCACGGCGAAAUCGGACACCGCAAAGGACUCUUUCCCGCCACCUAUGUAACGCCUUAUCACUCUUAAGUUAUGUCUAAAACAAACGAAAAACAAAAAUGACUUUAUUUUCUAUAUUAUAAAAAAAAUUGGAAAACGUCGGGUCUAUGAAUGACAGCUGGUUCAACUUGACGAUUUGUCCAAAUGUGUCAAAAGCUGGACUAAAGACUUUAUUUAGUUCGUUAAUUGUAUUUGCAGUAAAAUUCAGACUUGAUUUAAUGCAAAAUAGUUUAAUUUAGAAUACAAGGCAGCAAUAUUUAAAUUUCUGUUCAACAUUUUAUAUUUUCGGACGUUUUUGACACUUUAAAUUUUUGAAUAGUUACUGAAAUAUAUUUGGAAAAAUGACCUAUAUUUUCAAUGUAAACAUAAAAAGAUAUUUUGAACAUAUUUUUCUGAACCUGCUAUCAUUUUGGACAAAUUUUAAAGGCAUUAUUUUUUUAUUCGGAAAAGUUACCUAAAAAUUUUUGGAAAAAAAACUAUCCUAUUUUAUUUGAUACUGAUUUUUGGUGCGACAUAUUAGGAAAUAUGAAUUUUUUACAAAAAGUGUCUUUAGGUGCUGCAAUAUUAACUGUGGCUUGUAAUCAUUUAAGUCAGUUUCUGCGCUUUACAUUGCGUGAGUUAUGAUAUGCACUGGUAUAAAGGCACUAAUUGUGAUUAAUUUUUUUUAAGUGUGAGAUUACAUUGACGGACUCUUCGUCGAUCAACAUAUUUAUUAAAGAGCUUAUUUUUAGACUAUAUACAUAUUAUACACCUCUUACAAUAUAAGAGU